AUGAAUGCAAACACGUCUCUUACUAAAUCAACAUUUCUUUUCGAUGAUCAAAAACGAUUUGAUGCACAAUGUGAACAUGAUCGUUUACGAAAUUCUAUACAAGAUCAUACUGAAAUACCAUCGACAGCUGAUCCAUGGAAACAACCACCGAUAGAUUUUACUUUGAAAAAUUUUCAUCCAGAUAGAAAAAGAAUCACUAAUGUAUCAUUAAUAAAUGAUAUUUCACCAAAUGAAAAACAACUACAAAUUUCACGAAUUUAUGAUCCUGUUGUAAUGAAACCAUUUGCAGUAUCAUAUCAAGAUACAACGACAACACAUUUAACAAAUGAUGAUAAUGAUUUUGCACUUGAUACACGAAUUAAAUAUGAUAAAGUAAAACGAAUGUUAAAUACAGAACAAUAUAAAAAUCCUAAACUACAUGAUUAUCGACAAUAUCCAAAUAUUAAAGAUUUAGGUUUAUCAGAAUUUUAUACUACAUAUGAACAAGAUCCAUAUAGAAUUCGAUUUCUUUCUAAUCAUUUGAAUACUUUAUGGCUUCAAGAACGUGAACAUGAACGUAUACCUAUUGUUCAAAAACCAUUACCUGAAAUGUAUCGAGCAUUAACUGCAAGAGCAAAAUGGGAUUCAAGAUUAAUUUUACCAAAACUUGUUUUUCCAAAUAAAUAUGCUGCUUAUACUCGUUAUCGAAAUCCAACACGUACUAUACAAAGUGCCUAUUGGGAACGAGUAGAAGAUCAUUUCGGACAACAUCAAAAGAAACGUUUAGAUAUUAGUUGA